GUUGUCGGGUCCACAUCCACAACGGACAGAGACACAUUCUUCACUCGGCUAAAUGCAGCGGAAGUCCUGGGCAAGUUGGAUAAUGCUUGGGUGAGAAAGUCGUCAUCCAUGUUAACAGCGCUUAUUUCGAAUUGUUCUCCUGCCGGAAGCAAAAUCCCUGAGCCCGGACUUGAACUGCCUCGAUUGAUAGCGACAUUCGCUCGCCCCUUGUCUCUCCAUUUUCUAAGACUCUCUUUUCCGCUCUCUAGAGCCCUGCUGAGCAAGGCAGCAUGCCUAAAUUUCACUUCAGACGGCGUCUGAUGCCCUUCCCGGGUGCUUUGCGACCAUCUCGCAGAGUCUUCAGCCCACGUCGGUGGUAUCCUGUGCGCUACUUUUCACGACAAUCCAAUCUUCAUGAAGCUUCAGACUCGGCCCCGAUGACCACGAGCCAGAAUAAAAUCCCCCUGCGACGUAGGCUCGCGGCAGCAUGGAAGGAAACGCCCACUGUGUGGUAUCCGUUACCUAUCGGUGUCGGUGCCCUCUUAUUAGCCAUGCUAUCGUGGCGAAAUAACACUAGACGAGAAGCGGGCGAGACCGAGGCUGGCCAGCCUGUCGGAGCCAAGCGUCGCUGGCAGGUACACGUUCUGGGGGCACUUCCGCUUCGCAACUUGUCUAGAGUAUGGGGUUAUCUCAAUUCUUUUGAGCUUCCCAUCUGGCUUCGCCCCGUUGGUUUACAAUUCUAUGCGUGGCUUUUUGGUUGUAAUCUGGAUGAAACAGAACAUUCAGACCUGACAAGAUACCGGAGCCUUGGGGAAUUCUUCUAUAGAAGAUUAAAGCCUGGAGUUCGGCCACUUGCAGACGCUGUACUCGUAUCACCGGCGGAUGGAACCGUCCUUCAUUUUGGAAAAAUUGUCAAUUCCCGUGUUGAACAAGUCAAGGGCCUCACAUACUCCCUUGAUGCCUUUCUAGGAACACGGCAGGCAGGGGACAGCGUCAAUGUGGACUUCGCUGAGCGACAAGGUGCCGAGGUCGACGAUGAGGAAUUUGCAAAUGUCAAUGGCAUCGAAUACUCCCUGAAUCAACUCCUUGGUAGUACUUCUCAGAAGUCACCUAAUUCCACACCAUCAUCAUCAUCAUCCACUCUCCUAUGCCCAUCCACCAAUACCGCUACCAGAGAAGGGGAUGUUGAGGAUGCUUCUGUGCCGGAGGAGGCAACAACUCCCGAUACACUUAGUGUGGCGGCGGAGGUUGGCACUGUUGCGACGCAUCCUGGUUUACAAAGGUCCAUGACAGUAUCGAAUGUUAAGCCCGGAAAUGAGCUAUUUUUUACGGUCAUCUAUCUUGCUCCUGGAGAUUACCACCGCUUUCAUAGUCCCACGGCCUGGGUCGUGGAAAAACGAAGGCAUUUUACUGGCGAGCUCUUCUCGGUAGCGCCUUGGCUUGCCAAGCGACUUGCAGACCUUUUCGUUCUCAACGAGCGCGUAGCUCUGCUGGGCAAAUGGCGAUACGGCUUCUUUUCGAUGAUUCCUGUUGGUGCCACCAAUGUCGGCUCCAUCCGUAUCAAUUUUGAUGAGGCUUUGCGUACGAACGUUAGAGGAGGACGUCACAAAGUUUCGCCGGGUUCUUUCCACGAAGCUAUCUACACCAAUGCGUCCAUCAUUUUGCGAGGUCACCCAUUGCGUCCUGGCCAGGAGAUGGGCGGAUUUAUGCUUGGAAGCACCAUUGUACUCGUCUUUGAAGCCCCUACGACCUUCAAGUUUGAAAUUCAAGCUGGACAGAGAGUUAAAGUCGGCGAGAAGGUUGGGGAUGUACCGAACUUAGUAUAGGCCCAGAUGGUUGCCAAACAAAUGUCCCGGCGUUUCUCGACUACUACAUGCAUGCCCGCAGAAGCCUAGAUUCUUGCCGCUCAACCCAGCGUCACCUUCGCAAAACUAUUCGUCAACAGGUCUAUUGCAAUCCAGAAUCAUAACUUGGUCUCAACACCUCUUUUUGCGUGCUCAGACAUCAUUUUGCACCACACCCACAAUCAAGCUGCACUAAUGCCUUACGGAAGGAAACAUCCUGUGUACAUAGUAAUGAUCACGAAAUUAAUGGUAACUUCAACGGUGCUGAAUAUCCGG